CUUGUGGGAGUCGCGGGCGGCGGGAGGCGCUGCAGCUGCUGCGACAUCUCCGUCCACCGUUCCCCCCAACCGUACGCCACCAAACCAGCGGGUUGCGUCAGAUUCCGGCGACGUGCCUCGUGCGCAUCGACGCCCGGUUGCUGAUUUAAAGCUCUGCUCUGACGGCUGACCGCACACCUUGCACCCGUCGACAGAGUUCAACUUCAUCUCCUCUCCUGCUUAAUUUUCAAAAAAAAAAAGCUCCUCUCCUGCUCCGAUCGAUCGAGAAUGUCGAGCCUCGAGGAGCCGCUUGGUCUUGGAGACCUGCCGAAGUUGAGUAUUAACAGACUUGGAAGCUUCUCCCAGCCAAGUGCUUAUCGCAGGGCAGCGGCUGAUGACCGCAACACUCGCAAGUACAACAACUCCUGCAAUGGUGGCGCGCCGAUGGUUUUCCAUGCCAAUUCUCAUGCGUGGCAUCAGCAAUGCCGUCAGGCCGAUUCGUCAUGUCAUGUGGUGGAGCUUAGAGAUCUCCCUCGGAAGGUUAUGUGGGAUCUACCAAGCUUUGUGAAGAUUGUUGAAGUUGGACCCCGAGACGGCCUGCAAAACGAAAAGGGCAAUGUACCGACAUCUGUAAAGAUACAACUGAUACACAAAUUAGUGGCUGCAGGUUUAUCAGUAGUUGAAGCCACAAGUUUUGUAUCCCCAAAAUGGGUGCCGCAGCUAGCUGAUGCAAAGGAAGUCCUCAAAGGAAUCCAGCAGAUGCCAAAUGUGCGGUAUCCUGUGUUAACUCCUAACCUAAGAGGAUUUGAGGCUGCUGUUGCAGCUGGUGCAAAGGAAAUUGCGGUUUUUGCAUCUGCCUCUGAAUCCUUCUCUAAGUCGAACAUCAACUGUACCAUAGAGGAAAGCCUUGUUCGGUACCGUGAUGUUACUGCUGCUGCCAAGAAACAUGGACUCCUUAUCCGUGGGUAUGUUUCGUGUGUGAUUGGUUGCCCUGUUGAAGGUGCAAUCGAUCCAUCAAAGGUGGCAUAUGUAGCUAAGGAGCUUUAUAACAUGGGCUGCUCAGAGAUUUCACUUGGCGAUACUAUUGGUGUUGGUACACCAGGUAGUGUAGUUGCUAUGCUUGAAGCUGUCAUGUCCUUUGUUCCAGUGGACAAGAUUGCCGUUCAUUUCCAUGAUACAUACGGCCAGGCCCUUGCCAAUAUCCUAGUAUCCCUUCAAAUGGGGAUCAGCAUAGUAGACUCCUCAGUUUCAGGCCUUGGAGGCUGCCCAUAUGCAAAGGGCGCCACUGGCAAUGUCGCCACUGAGGAUGUCGUGUACAUGCUCCAUGGCCUAGGCAUAGAGACCAACGUGGACCUCAACAAGCUCAUGGAGGCUGGCAAUUACAUCUCCAAGCAUCUAGGAAGGCCACUGGGCUCCAAGACUGCUGCCGCUCUGCGCAAGCUAACCACCUGAGUUCGUGAAGAUCAUUUCAGGCCAAAAGCAUAUAUAUCAGCUGGUGUCAUCACACAUAUUUUAUACAGGUUGUAUGAAUGUCCGAAAGUCUUGCUUUAUUUUGUAUAUUUGGGUAAAAGUCGCAGAAAACAUGGAUCUACAUAAAGUUGUAUUCUAUCCUUAGGUGAUCCUGCAUAGUCAGGACAUCAUGGAGGAAACUGUGCUCGCAGAUACGAGUAUAUGUAACGGCAAAUCCCUAACAAAUUUGGGGCCCUCUGCACAGUUCUCCAAAUGUAAUUUGGAGCUCAUUGUGUACCCAUGGAAAAUGUACGAGAAUCUGGUCUUUGGUAGCUUA